UCCCCGUGACGUCAGGGGGUGGAAGAAAACAGCAGAGCAGGAAUCAAAACAAGAGACGGACACGCCUUCGUUGUUAAAGGUUACAGCAGCUUAUUCUUCAUAACUGCUGCUGUCAGGGCUGCACAAAACCCCGCGUGUCGUGCACGAGGACACCCAAAAAACAACAACAACAACAACACAAAGGGGGAAAACACUGCAAACAAAACAAAGCACCUCUGCAGAAAUGGAGUCCACAGAAAUGUCAGACAGCGUUGACAGCAGCCGCUGAUAGAGGUCGAAAAUAACACUGACAUCCGAAUCGUGUACAAUGCCCAACCAGAAGAACAACAAGGGCAAGAAAAGCAAACGCACUAACAGUAGCGGAGAUGAGCAGGAAAAUGGAGCCUGUGCGGCCGCAACAGGAGGCGCGGCCGCGGCGGCUGCUGCACCCAGACACGAGCGCUCGAGUGAGGUCCAGUGUGCGACCCCUCUGGGCUGCAGCUUGGCCCGUCCCAUCGACCUGGAGAAGGACGACUACCAGCGGGUGCUCUGCAACAAUGAGCUCUGCCCUUACGGCAACUGGAUGCACCUGCAGUGUUUCUACGAGUGGGAGAGCUCCAUCCUCGUCCAGUUCAACUGCAUCGGCCGCGCGCGCUCCUGGAACGAGAAGCAGUGCCGGCAGAACAUGUGGACUAAGAAGGGCUACGAUCUGGCCUUCAGGUUCUGCUCCUGCCGCUGCGGCCAGGGCCACUUAAAGAAAGACACCGACUGGUAUCAGGUGAAACGUAUGCAGGAUGAGCGGAAGAAGAAGCCAUCUGAGAGGAGCACGGGCAGGAAUGGGUCCGGUGGAGGUGCUUCAGGAUCAGGGGACGGGCUUUUUGAGGAGCCCAAGAGAAGUAAACCACCAGGAGCAUCAGGAGGAGGUAAACUACCCCACAGAGCCUCUAGUCAGGAGUUACCUCGGAGACAAUCAGUGGACCGUCAGAACUCUACAGAGAGAGGAGCAGCAGCAGCAGCAGGAGGAGCAGUAGGUGGAGGACCCCCUGCAGGAGGACCCUUUUCUCUGGGGCCUCCUCAGAAGUCUCCAUGUGACUCCCCAGGACAAUCUCCCCCAACUGGUUUCACUUUCUCCCCCACUGCUGCCCUCGGAGCAGGAUCUGGAGGGGCAGGAUUGCGAGGUUCCCGUCAGCUAGGAGAGUUCCUCAAAUCAGCCGUCCACAUGGACCCGCAGAGGAAACACCUGCUGGUCGGGGGAGCUCUGGGUCGGGGCGGCGGCUGCUCGAUGGGAGCAUCCAGCGGUGGAGCUCACCUCGACCCUGGAUCUGUAAUUCCCUUGCCGCUGUCCUUCGCCCUACCACUUCACCACCGGCUCACCUCCGGCAGUGUGGGCGAUGGCACCCACUCCCACCCAGUGCAGUUCCUGAGGAGGCUGGACCUCUCAGAGCUCCUCACCCACAUCCCUCGACAUAAACUCAACACCUACCACGUCCGCAUGGAGGAUGAUGCCCAGGCAGGCCAGGGAGAAGAGCUGCGCAGGUUCAUCCUGUCAGCCCUCAGUGCGAGCCAGAGAAACGUGGUCAACUGUGCGCUGUGCCAUAGAGCGCUGCCAGUGUUUGAACAGUUUCCUCUGGUGGACGGGACUCUGUUUCUCAGCCCUUCACGCCACGACGAGAUAGAGUACGACGUCCCCUGCCACCUUCAAGGCAGGUUAAUGCACCUCUACGCCAUCUGUGUGGACUGUCUAGAAGGCGUCCACAAGAUUGUCUGCAUCAAGUGCAAAUCACGCUGGGACGGGAGCUGGCACCAACUGGGCACCAUGUACACCUACGAUAUACUGGCUGCUUCACCCUGUUGCCAGGCUCGCCUCAACUGUAAGCACUGCGGGAAGCCGGUGGUGGACGUUCGAGUCGGGAUGCAGUAUUUCUCCGAGUACAGCAACGUCCAGCAGUGCCCUCACUGCGGCAACCUGGACUAUCACUUUGUCAAACCUUUCUCCUCCUACAAAGUACUCGAGGCUUAUUGACAAAUGCUGUUUAUGCAGGCUAGUUAAGCUGCUUCUGUUCUCUUUUUUUUCUAACACAAUCUAGGAAAGAGUUUAUUUUUGGGGGCCUUAAGGUGAUUUUAUGUUUUCAAGUUCUCUUUCUUUUGGUUUCUUUUUUUAUGUAUAGAAAAAAGUUAUGACUAUAGUUAAUAAAAAAAUAAAAAGUUCCAAGACAGUAUAUCUCUGCUGUUAGAGAAAGGUGUUGAUAAAGUGUGGAACUGACACAUCAGUCAAGCAAACACAUUUAUCUGUGACAAGUGAAUGUAUCUGUAUGCCAAAAUUUGCUUUUAUUUUUUAUUUUUUACCAAAAACGUAAAGAUGAAUCUCGAAUAAAAGCAGAGACAGAUAAGAGCUGGCGUUGGCUUGUUAUCUUCAUCCCAUUUGAAACACUUUUCACAGCAUUGUUGACGGGAGUGACCGCCUCCUCUGUGCAGUUUUGACACAUAAUUGUGAAAAUCAUCAUCAAGCUAUUUAUUGAUCAAGUGCGUCAUGCAGAUCCGUCAGAGUCAUUAUCAGUGUGUGUUGGAGAGAAAAACAGCCUUGUGUUCAAAACAUUUUGGGUACAAAAAUGGUUUCACAUGUGGGGACUCACCUCCCAUCUAAGCACACAAAUUAAAGGAAAUAGCUGAAUAAAUGAAAAGAGAAACAACGAAUGCAGAUGCUUCCAUAUAGGAGUAAUGCAUCAUAUACUUAAGCAGUUAAUUUCCUCACAUACUCUGUGGCAUGUGCAAAAUGCUGUUAAAGCUGUAGUUAAAGGUAGGUUCAUUCAUUCAUUUGGAGUCUAUUCCAGCUGACAUUGGGCGAAAGGUGGGGUACACCCCUGGACAGGUCACCAGACUAUCACAGGGCUGACACAUAGAGACAGACAACCAUUCACACUCACAUUCACACUUAAGGACAAUUUAGAGUCACCAAUUAACCUGCAUGUCUUCGGACUGUGGGAGGAAGCUGGAGUACCCAGAGAAAACCCACGCUGACGAGGUGAGAACAUGAAGGCUCCAUGCAGAGGGGCUCCCCCACCCUGGGUUUGAACCAGGAACCCUCUUGCUGUGAGGCAACAAUGCUAACCACUGCAUUGCCAUGCUGCCAAAAGGUAGGUGAUUUUUACAAAAAUUAGUCUUUGCCAUUGUUACGCCCCACCCUUAGGUGGCCCUAUGGGGUGAACAAAACUCCAAACACUGACCCAAUAAUAACCACAUAAUCACCUUUAAAACAAUCAAAUCCAUGGGACUUCUUAGAAUGAAAACAAGCAGACAAGACAACAAAAAUCCCACGGUGAGAGGCAGCAGGACCAGCAGUCCCCACGCCAGAGCCUCUCCCCUCUGCUGCUGGCACAGGAGCUCUUCAACACCUCCUCCAUGCCAGGUGUGCUGCACCUCUUUAGGUAAUGCAGCACACCUGAGCAGGGAAAGGGAACAGCAGCACAGAGCACACAUACAGCCGUAACAGCCAUAUCUGGUGAAACUGUCAUUAUAUUCAAACAGUAGUACAUGUGGCAGAUAAUCUGUGACAAAAAAUCAUGUUCCUCCAUGUAGUGCUUCUAAUGGCAAGAACUGCAAGAAUGCACUGCUGAAUGAAAACAACCAAUCAGUUGAGGAGUCUCUAACACAGCGGUCAAUCAUGUGAAUCACUGCUUUAAAAACUGCAGCUAGACUGUUAACCUCACAGCGCUGAUCAUAUAUGAAUCAAGAUUCUGUUACUGCGUUGCCUAUUUCUUGUUGCUGUUUCCAGAAACAUAUUUUAGUGCACUGUAUAGCUGUAAAAUGAGAAAGUUGGUCAGGCAGGUGAGCGGUGUUUGGUACAUUGGUAGACUGUUUCCAACAUGGCAGCUGGGUCACCAGCAUUCUCAUUUUACAGCUAAACAGUGCACUAAAAAUGUUUCUGAACACAUUUGAGACCAGAAACAGGCAGUGCAGUAACAGAAUCUUGGUUCAUGUUUGAUUAGUGCUGCCUAGUUUGACAGAUUGACAGCAGUUUACAAACAGUUACUGACUUGUUUUCAAGUACAGUGGAUUCUGCAAAUGCCAUUAGAAGCACUAUAAGGAGGAGUAUAACUGUCUGAAUAUAAUGACAGUUUCAUCAAAUAUGAUGAAAGAAAGUUACCAGCUGUAGCGGGGUGUCUACAGGUAUCAGACACAGUUAAAUUUAAUAUUUUUAAGACCCUUGUAAGACACCUUUUAACCAAAUUUAGGACAGACUUUUGGACAAAUAAUGUCUACUUAUUUAAGCAUAGCAGGUAAGUAGUAUCCAUGUGGUCUUGUGCAGGGUAAGUGUUAUGGUUAUUAGAGUUAGUUAAGUCAAUCUGCAUUCUGCCAACAGGUAAGUGCAAGUAAACAACAGUAUUUUAGUUUUUUUGUUGUUUUUUUU